CCGUAAAAAUUAAGGAGGAAAAAAUUAAAGGUUUCCCAAAAAAAAAAAGAAAAAAAAAAGCUGAUGUGACAGAUGGUGAUUGAAUUAUCCAUGUUACUUACCGCUAGAGGUGGCAAUUUCAAUCCAAUCUAUCAAUCCAUUAAAAAUAUCCACCUAAUCCAAUUCAUUUAAAUCCAAUCCAUUUUAUCCAAAUCCAAUUGGAUUGGUGGAUUCAUGGAUUGGAUCCAUGGAUCAUUGGCAAAUUACGGUUUAGUACCUAUAAUUUUUAUUUUUUACAUUUUGGUACCUAAAAUUUAAAUUUUUAUACGAAAAAUAUCAUUGGGAAAUUACGUUUUGGUACCUAAAAUUUUUCAUUAUGACAUUUUAGUACCUACUUUUUACAUUUUACAUAUUGGUCUUUGGUUGAGGAUGUCAUUUGGAUUCAUGGAUAAUCCACCAAUCUACUUGAUCCAAUCCAUGAAUCUACCAAUUCAUUAGAUCCAAUCUAUUUGAUCCAUGGAUCCACCAAUCCAAUCCACCAAUCCAAAUUCAUUUGCCACCUCUACUUACCGCAGGUUAUGAAGAGGAACUAUUCUGGACAUGUUACAUAAUUGAGCCCCGGGAACAAUUUACAUGUUAAUCCUUACCUUUUUUAUUCGAGUCAUGGAGCAAUUCACCAGGAAAAGCUAAGACGCACCAUUUCUGAUUUAACCCUAAAGCGGCUUUGGAUCUUCAGAUCCAUCAAAUUCAUUUGAUUAAAAGGUUAUGGAAACUAGACAGAAAUUCAGGCUGUGCCCAUCGUCCCUCGCCCACCACCACCACUGCCACCACCACCGUCACCCCCUUCCAUUUUUAACACCACCACCACCAGCUGACCGUCACCACCACCACCACCACUGCCACCACCUCCAUCACUGCCACCGCCACCUUACUGGCCAACUCCCGACGUUUGUCCCUCCGAUGCAGAAUCCACAUCUACCGGCGACUGCUUACCCACUGCCACUGCCGCUGCCGAACCCUUUAACCCUAGAAGGAGCCACCGUCUGGAGUGCAACUUUCCCCACUACUACUCAGACGGAGCCUGCGGUUGAUUUUAAAGCUAUAGACGAAGCAGAUGAGCAGCGAGAUGACUACAACGAUGACGACGAUCCGACUUUUGUGCUGACCGAUGAGUGGAAGGAGUUCUUCGCAGCAUCUGAAGCCAGAAGGCGACUAGAGAAGCAGCAACGACGCUCUAAGAACAAGGCUAAGCACUGACAGAAGUACUCAAGGACUCGGUAACAGUGAAGAAAUGCAACUCUAUCUAGUAUCUAAUGCA